GGACACGGUCGGCCACGCAAUCUCCUCGACAAUCUCUUUCCGUCCCACAACAGCAGGACCGCGACAUUGGCACGGCGAAGCAUCGCCCAGGUUCGUAAACUGCCGAGAGAGAAGCUGUCGUGCAUCGCUGGAUCUUGUCGGAUUCGCCGAUGCCUGUCUUGCGUUGCACCACGCCGAACAGAGUGCCGGCCGGACAGGAAGCAUUGUUCGGUCACCCAAUAUCUGACUUCUGUUCCUGACUACAUCCGGGCGUCAGACGCGGCGCAGCUUGCUCUGUGCGCCUUCCACUCUUUCUUUUUUCUCUUUCUUGGUUUGGUCAUCGUCGCCGGAAAGCUUAGAAGAAGAUGUCGACACCGUAUCUGUCCUUUACGGCCAGCACCGUCGGAGGGGUGCGACCCAAUUCGGCUGAUUCGCUCAACGGCGGAUCCCCCGCAUCGUCAGUUUCUUCGACGCCGUCCGCUUCUCCUCGUUCCGCCAACUACUCUGCUGCUGCCCGCGCUAGCAGGAACAACCCGUACCAUCACCACCACCAGGUUUCGACCAGUGGUAGCUCGCAGCGACGCCAUGUUCGGUCUCAGCUCGGUGUUUCUCACCCGUGGGAUGCCUCCGCUGAUGAUCUCGAACGAGACACGGACUCGGGCCGGGAGGUAGAGCGGAUCGAGAUCGACGAUAACGACGUUGCGCGACACCGACUCGGGAUGCAGCAAGCGCUCAAUGUGGCCAGCGGAGUGACGAUCCUGACGAGUGACUACGACGAGGUCGACGCUCUGCUCCAUUCCAUAUACGAGAAGACUCAGCAAGACGCCUGGUUUGCCCCGGCCCCUGGCGCUCUCGCUGAUGCCUCGCUCGGCGGGGUAGCGAUCCGAGUCACGGCACCCGCAAGCACCGGUUCGAUUGGCCUCCCUUCUGCAAGCAGUUCGUCAUCCAGUUCAGCCUCCGCAAGUGAUCAAACUUCUGGUGGAGCGGAGUUUCGUAUCUUUCCGUACAACGCGCCGCACUUGGUCCUCUUCGAGUCUGCCGUUCGAGGCCUGAACCCCGCUGGGGCAGUGCUCGUCCGGAAUGCUUCAAUCACCGCUGCUGUGGCCAAAGUACCUGACAAUGUGUUCUCUUUGGACGUAGACAGCGAAACUAGGAUUCAGGUGCUGCGUAAGCUAGUAGACCUCCCCGGUGCCGAGAAGGAUCAAUGCGGAGCUUUCAUUCGCAACCCGCCCUCACUCGUCUUGUGGUCGCCGGAGGUGGAGAUGCUGAUUCCCCUCGCCGUUGAAUUCGAGGAGAAGCUCAUCAAGCACGUCUGGAAAACGCGUGUCGUGUCCGAAACGACCCGUAACCGAGACAGCAUUGCUGCGCCAGCCGUUUUGGCGUCGAUCUUCGGCGGCGCGGCCGAACCUGUUCGCAGCUCCGAGUCCAUCGCAGAGACCAGCACCGAUGUCGCUGUCGAGACCCGAGUCGGGAGCAACGUCAAUCUCAACGAAAUAGACAAGGAAUCCCGCUUCAUUGACACUGAAAAGCCCGAGCAACAGGUGCCCGAUCGUGCCGCUGGAAGCAAGCUUUCUCAGUUCUUUGGUCUCUGGCGUUUGAAGCCUCGACCGAGCCGCAGCUCCACGACUGGCGAUGCCGAGAAAGGUGGCAAGACAGAGCGUAAACUAGUGAUGAUGGGACCGUUCUAUGCGGGCUGCGGUGCUGGCUUAGCUGCCUACUUUGUCAUGUCCGGUGUGAGUGUGCUGCUUGAAGAGUAUGCACUCGAUGGGGACCCACGUCGAUUCGCUUUGAUGUUGACUCUGCCUGUGAUCUUCUGUGUUUCGAUCUUCUUCUGUCUCCAACUCGUCGGCAACAUCUCGCUCGUCAUUGGUCCAGUAGCCCAAUACCACGAGAAUUCAGCUUUCUACUCUGCUGUCAAGCCUGCGCCCAACCCUGAGGUCGACAACAACCUGCCACACGUCACAAUCCAAUGUCCUGUCUACAAGGAGAGCUUGAAAGAAACUAUUGGCCCGUCCAUUUUGUCCAUCAAAAAGGCGAUGCAGACGUAUGCGCGCCAAGGUGGAACGUCGUCAAUCUUCAUCUGCGAUGACGGGAUGCAGCUCAUCUCGGAAGAGUUGCGCAAAGAGCGAAUGGAAUUCUAUGCUAACCAUAACAUUGGAUGGACUGCUCGUCCUGCCCAUAAUAAGGACGGCUUCUUCCGCAAGGGGAAGUUCAAGAAAGCCAGCAACAUGAACUAUGGACUGCAGCUCUCUUUGCGAUUGGAGAAGCAUCUUGCAGCAUUGGAGGCGUCCGGGGUCACCGAGGACGACGGCGAAUGUCUCGAAGACAAGGCUAUGCACCUGGCUGUCGAGGAGAUGUACGAGGAGAGCGGUCGUCGCCACCGGCCCUGGGCGUGCAACGGCAAAAGCUUGCGGGUGGGAGAGAUCAUUCUCAUCAUUGAUGCAGACACCAUCGUGCCUGAGGAUUGUUUCCGCGAUGCUGCGCGAGAGAUGUACGAGAGCCCGGACGUCGCUAUCAUCCAGCACGAGUCGGAUGUGAUGCAGGUAGCGCACCAUUACUUCGAGAACGGAAUCACGCAUUUUACUCGCCGGAUCAAUCGGUGUAUCUCGUACGGAUGUGCGAACGGUGAAGUCGCACCGUUCGUCGGUCAUAAUGCAUUCCUCCGGUGGAGUGCCGUUCAGGAUGCCGCGUUCGACGACGAGGACGGCAAGAGGUGCCACUGGUCGGAAAGCAACGUGUCCGAGGACUUUGAUCAGGCGCUCCGUCUCUUGCUCGGUGGAUACACCCUGCGCUGGGCCACCUACUCCGAGGGCGGCUUCAAGGAAGGAGUCUCUCUCACGGUCGUCGACGAGCUUGCCCGCUGGCAGAAAUACGCUUACGGUUGUGACGAAAUCAUCUUCAACCCGCUCAUCACGUGGUGGAGAAAGGGACCCAUCAGCAAGCAACUGCGCGGAUUCGUGUGGUCGGCUGCGCCUGUGCACUACAAAGUGGGAAUGAUGUCUUACAUGUUCUCGUACUACGGCAUUGCGGCAGCCACUGUUGGCUCCAUUCUCAACUAUCUUUUGCUCGGGUUAGGCCCUGACCUCGAUCGGUUCUAUCUGCACAGUUUCGAGAUCCUGCUGGCAUGCACCGUCGUCUUCCCCGGUCUCGGAAACCUCGGCUUCACGCUGCUCGAGUACCGCAUCGGCCACCGGAACUUCUUCUCGGGGAUAGUCGAGAAUCUGCGAUGGGUUCCGUUCUUCCUGUUCUUCUUUGGCGGUCUAAGCAUCCAUCUGUCGACUGCCAUCCUGGCCCAUCUUUUCUCCUAUGACAUGACGUGGGGAUCAACGGGUAAAGAAGUGGAGCGCUCAACAUUCUGGAUUGAAGUACCUCGCAUAUGGCAGAACUUCAAGCUAUCCUUCAUCAUCUGUUUUGCCGCCAUUGUGAUGAUGAUCGUCUUCACGACUGGCGCCGUCCCUGCCGAAUGGCAGAUUCCAGGGUGGAACUGGGCUCUGAACAUUCCUCUGUCCCUGGUCGUUGGUUGCCACAUUCUCCUUCCUAUCGUAUUGAAUCCUUGGCUUAUGAUCUUCUCGUACUAA